UAUGUAAAUAACACCUAAAGCUAUAACAGCACUUUCUAAAUUAUUGUCUUAGAAUUCAUCAAAUAAUGUAAGAAUUUUAUGAUUUAGUAAGAAAUAAAGUUAAAAUGAUUCAAAGCCUAAAUCGAAUUAGAAUAGUAAGAAUUGUAGAUCGAUUAAUAAUAAUGAAUUCAAAAAUUUCAUCUCUAAACCAUCUUUAUCAAAUGAACCCAAUUAUAGUGUUAAAAAUGAAUUGAUAUCUGUGCUUAAUAGUAGUAAAGAGAAAUCCAUUAAAUCAAACUUAAAACCACAUCAUAGUCUAAAUUAUCUUUUAUUAUCAUAAUAACAACUAUCUGCCAGAAAUAGUUUUCAAAAAAAGAGACCUCCUUAAAUUAAUGUAGAAGAAAGCACUGAAAUAUAGAAACAUCCUUAGAGUGCAAAAAAUGUCAAUUAAAUGAGUCCUUUACAUUAUUGUCCUAAUUAGAAAUCAUAAUAAUCUUAAAAAUCAAUAAAAUAUCCUAAAGGUAUGAAUGUUUUUAGCUCAUUAAAUGAAAUAUUAGGGUAAUAUGUUCAAAAAAGGAAUUAUUAAAAAUGUAAUUUACAAUACUUUAAUUAGAGGCUGGGACAGGAGAAGGAACGAAAUUGGUUGUAUGCAGAUCAGCAAGAAAUUAAGAAUAAAAAUAAGAAAAAUAAAUAUAUUUAUCUGAAAAUAAAUAAUAGUAAUCAAAUUCAUAAUAUUUUGAUUCAUAAUAAUUGAAUAAAUUAUAUCUGUAUGCAACACAAAUUUUGAAAGCAUAUUAAACUAAAGAAAUGAUUUGGAAACAAUAAAAAUAAAGCUUAAGAAGUGAGAUUAUAUUUCUAAAAUAAUUACUACAAUAAUAAGAACAGUAAUAAAAUCAUGAGUGA